AUGCUUGUGAGAAAAGGCGUAAAGCAGCUGCUGACAAAAGGCGAGGCUAGGGAGCUGCUGGAGAAAGCACCGGGUGUUUCGCAGAGGGUCAAGCACAGGAUUGUGCAGUUCUGCUCCGAUUCCUGCAGCGGAGAACAGGCAGGGUCGAUGAAAGCCGAGCUGUCCAGAUUUGGACUCACAGAAUUUGAGAUGGUCAACCUAAUCGACACAAGGCCGAGCGGACUUGUGCAUUUGCAGAGCAUAGUUGAGGAGAUGGCUGAAAGGCUCGAUGGAGACCAGAUGCAGAGUAUCCUGGACGUGUUCGCAAGACACGCAGCAUCGAAAAGUAUAUAA